CACAUGGUUGCAUGGCCAUUCAAAAAACACAGCCUAAAAAAAUUGGAUAAACCCAUGGCAUUCGUGGGUACGAAUUCUUAUUUUCUUUCAUUCAUCUGUGUCUCUUUUUCUCCCUUCUUUAUAACCGCUUUUGUUGCUGUACUUUCGCUGUUCGCAAGUCGUCAGAAAACCAAAACUGAAAAAGCCAACUAAAAGAAAAAUGCGCGUCGUUACCUGCAUGAUGUGGAUGGCCAGUUUGGCUUAUGCCUUACCCCAUGGUUGCGUAGAUACGCAGCAAAGUGUUGAUGCCGCUGCUAAAUUGGCAAGAACCGUGAUCAGCGAUACUGGCAUUGGCACCAUCAUGACGCUUAUGGACGGGUCCAUCAACCCUGAUUUCGAAGGUCAUCCGUUUGGUCUAAUGGAAUAUUACAACGGGGAUUGCUAUAAAAACGGAGACUUGCUUCUAUUCAUGUCCGAUUUGCAGAUGAACGCCCGCAAUGCUCGUGAGCAGCCAAACAAGGUCAGCUUCACCGUUCGCGCUUUGAAAGAUUACAAUCCCAGUUGGGGAAACCGUAGCACCCCAGUUGAACAACCGCGCGUAGCCAUGAUGGGCGAAAUUAAACUUGUCAACGAAUCACCUAAUGAUGACGAGCUCAUGAAGUGCUUUGCGACAAAGCAUCCUGAAGCGAAAGCAUGGCAACAAUUCCAUGAUUUCCACUUUUACCGAUUCCAAGUGGAAAGUUUAUACUAUGUUGGCGGAUUUGGUGGCAUCAACUAUAUUGGAUGGUUGCCCUUGCACAAGUACCAACAUGCAUCAAACCAUGGACACAUGCACCUUCAGUAAUCACCGAGGCGACCAGAAGGAUAAAGCUAAAAAAUAAAGGAUAACCCAAGCAGUGCCUGUUUUGGUCAAUAAUUGAAGGUCGUUUUUGGCAAGAAAAUUAUAGCCUUUUUUUUUCAAAUCCCGGUUGAAGUGGGGUUAUGGGUGGGACCCCAGGACGAAAAAGUGACGUGCGAAAUAAGCAAACUUGUGUCUAUUCCCUGAUUUUCCCGAAAUUUUACACCGAUUCGAAUAUAACACCUUUUAAUUUUUUUUUUGUUCUCUUCUUUUU